UUCAGGUGAUGAUGGGGGUAUUGAAUCAUCUCUCUACUCUCCUCCUUCUCUCUCUCCUUCCUCCUGCUCUCUCUCAUGUAGUGAAGAAGUUCAGUGAUGUUCCACAGUGCAAGAAUUUCUUCAUGCAGGGAACAACUCCAAAUCUCCCAGGUAUUUUGGUUGAUGGGACAGUCCAGAACCAGAACCGCUACAAGCCGAUCUGCCAGUUGUUCAACGACACCUACAGGUUUGCAACUCUCUACGACACGACCAACAGGAUCCCUGUGUUCUCAGCCUACACCUUCACUGGUCCUCCUAUGGGCCCCAGACCAAAUCAACCCUGGAUGAUAGAGCCCCAGCUCAACAUGGAAAACAACAACCAUGAAAUGCAGGUGGAUCAUUCAUACCAGGCUGUGAACUACGACUAUAAUAACUCAAUACCAAGUAAAGGGGUGAACAGAGGUCACCUCUUCCCAAGUUCACAUGCUCAUGACAAUGAUACUCAGACGUCCACCUUUACCCUGACCAACAUCGUUCCCCAGGUGGUGUCCUUCAACGAUGGCAGCUGGAAGAAAAUGGAGGAAAAUGUCAGAAAAAAGCUUGAGAAGGACUGUAUUAAUAACAACGGGAAUAUAGAAGCCUAUGUGGUGACUGGAGCAGUUCCCAGUAAGAGAAACACACUGAAAUACGAAGUGAACAUCCCAGAUCUCCUGUGGACAGCCUACUGCUGUUACAACAGUGAGAAGAACGAGUGGAUGGCCAAAGCACACUGGGGGAGCAACAAGAAGGUAAAGACAAAAACAUUGAAAACAGAAACAUUGGGAGCACUCGAAAAGAUGUUGUAUAACAAGUUGAAGCGGCAUCACUACCCAGGUGGUGAUGUCCAGGUUUUCCCAGAUCAGUGUCGAGGAGGUUCUUCUCAGAAAGAGAGAGAGAAGAGCAGAGAGAGGGAGGUAGGAAGUGGGGAUGUUAGUGGGAAAAGGGUUAAUGGAAUGUGAUGAGGAUUGUAAAUGUGUCUCUUUGUAGGUGUAUUUACACUGAGUGUACAAAACAUUACAUUAUGAACACCUGCUCUUUCCAUCGCAGYCUGACCAGGUGAAUCC